UGCACGAAUUUUGCCCGCUGGGAUAUAUUGUAUAUUUGUAUGGACGAUUUACCGUGAUUAGUGUGAGUGUGCGACCAGUGUGAUUAGUGUAAAGCUGUCGUUGUGUAUUCCCAUUUCCCGGUUCCAUUUUGUUAUCGGCUCGUUCCGUGCCCUUUGUCACGUCUCGCUGUCAUCUUGGUUUUUUCUUUGUUUUCCGUGUACGACUACUUACAUUCGAUUUUGCUUGCGACAUUUUUUAACGCCAACGCUGUUUCCGUAGUUCAGCCCCAGUGUAGGGUACGUGACCGUCAUCGUGUGGGUUACGCACACUUGAACACGAGCACGCCGUUCCGUACCCGCUUCCGAAUUCGCUCGUCUUUCAUUGCCAGUGAAUACUCAUACGUGUGAGAUGGCAGGAAGAGGUUUCUUAAAGAGCCGUUUGGCUCAGGUUACUUCUAAGGUACCUGAAGAAUCACCUAAACCCGUGGAACCACCUAAACCUGUGGAACCACCUAAACCUGUGGAAUCACCUAAACCCGUGGAACCACCUAAACCAGAAGAAUCUCUAAAACCAUCAGCUCAAUCAUUACCAUAUACUGAUGUGCCAAAAAUUCCGAUUCCUGCUAUAAGUACUCAAACUCUAGUUGCUGGUAAUCAACAAGUUGUUCGUGGAAGAAGGGCCAUGUUAGCUAAUAUUGCCCAAGGAACUGGUUCUCAAAGACUGUGUGAAAACUUAACAUCAACAUUCUCAAAAAUCGAUCUUGUGUGUCCAACUAUUACUCCAGUAUCUAAAAACAUUGAGGCACCUAAAUUACUUACACCUCCGAAAUAUCCAGAACCACAAAUUAUAGAGGAAAUUCCAGCAGUAAAAGAAGAAAAAUCUCCAGUAAUAUGUAGAGUCUUAAAAAAGUCCGAUAAAGAUUCUUUCCACAUGACUCAAUUAUCAUCAAAUUACAUAAGAAUUAAGUUGGAAGAGGACAAAGGAAUAUACGAAUAUAGAGUCGAUUUUCAUCCUCCAGUUGAUGCUAAAUCUGCUAGGUUUUUUUUGGUUAAUCAACAUAAAGAUACAUUUCCUGUUAAAACAUUUGAUGGGACAUUGCUUUAUAUCCCAAAAAUGUUACCAGAAAAGGUAACAAAAUUAGUUGGAAAAUUAAAAGAUGAGUCUGAAGUGACUAUGACAAUAACAUUUAAGCGUAAAAAUUCUUUGCGUGAAUGUAUACAUUUUUAUAAUGUUUUCUUACGUACAAUAAUGAAGAUUCUAGGCCUAAUAGAAUUUGGUAGAAGUUGUUAUGAUCAAAAUAAAAGGAUACUCAUUCCUGAAUUUAAACUUGAAGUUUGGCCAGGCUACAUAACUACUAUUGACGAAUUUGAAAAUGGUCUUUAUAUGUGUUGUGAAGUUUCACACAGGAUUUUACGGGUACAGACAGUUCUUCAAAUAAUGAUGGAAGUAAUGGAUAAUUCGAAAAAAAAUAAUGCAGAUAGUAAGCAAGAAAUAAUGGCUGCAUUGUGUGGCUCUACUGUAAUUACUCAUUAUAAUCGUAAGACGUACAGAGUUGAUGAUGUAGAUUUUUCAAUGAAUCCUUUAUCAACUUUUGACCAAAAUGGCAAUCAAGUAUCAUAUAGAGAUUAUUAUAAAAAGAUGUAUGACAUUGAAAUUAAAAAUCUUAAUCAGCCUAUGAUCAUAACAAAAGCAAAAAAAAAAGAUGUGAAUAAAAGAAAUGCAACAGAGGAUUCAGAUAUUUGUUGUUUAGUUCCUGAACUUUGUAAUUUAACUGGUCUUACUGAAGCGAUGAAAUCCGAUUUUAAACUAAUGAAAGCUCUUCAAAAUCACACUUUGGUUACACCUGAAGUUCGACAAAAUGCUAUAAUUGAUUUUGUUAAUCGCAUAAAUGCUCAUGAAGUUGCAAGCAAAAAACUUAUUGAUUGGGGUCUUAUAAUGCGUCCAAUUCCAGUGAGAAUGGAAGGACCUGUUUAUAAAAAAGAAACUAUAUUACUAGGGAAUAACAUUAGAAAACAAGUUGGAAUGAAUAUGGACUGGGGUAUGGAUGUAGCAAAAAAUGCAAUGUUUGUCGCUGUAAAUAUGUUUAAUUGGGUCAUUAUGUAUAAUCCAAGAGACGAACAAACAGCUAAAUCAUUUUGCAAACAAUUGUCUAUGUGCAGCCGUGCUCUUGGUAUGGAAAUUAAUUCACCAAAGCCUAUCAAAGUUCCAGGCCCAAAUCCAGAGGUUUACGUUAGUACAAUAAACAACACAGUAAAGAAUAAUCCAGAUUUACAAUUAGUUGUUAUUAUCUUUCCGAAUCAAAGAGAAGAUCGUUAUAAUGCUGUUAAACGGAUUUGUUGUUCAGAAAUUGGAAUUCCAUCUCAAGUAAUAGUCUCAAGGACAAUAUCCAAGCCAGAAAAAUUACAAUCAAUUACACAAAAAAUUGCUUUACAAAUAAAUUGUAAAUUAGGAGGUGCUUGUUGGGCUAUCGAUAUCCCAUUGAAAAAUACUAUGAUAGUAGGAAUUGAUGUAUAUCACGAAAAAGGUAAACAAAUGAGUAGUGUGGUUGGUUUUGUAGCUUCUAUGGAUAAGACGUUUACUGAAUGGUAUUCAGUUGCUGCAAUGCAAAGAAGUACUCAUCAAGAACUUAUGAAAUCUGUCCAAGAUGCAUUUCAUAAAGUUGUUAGCCAGUUUAAAGCAAAAAAUGGGUUAUUACCUGAAAAAAUAAUUAUAUUUAGAGAUGGUGUAUCCGAUGGGGAUUUAAAACAAGUAGAAGACGUCGAACUGGCAGAUUUGAUUGAAUCUUUCAAAAGUUACCCAGGAAGUUAUAAUCCUAUGGUUACUUUAAUAAUAGUUCAAAAAAGGAUUAACACACGUGUUUUUCAGUAUAUGAAUGAUAAGUAUUCAAAUCCAAGUUCUGGAACUGUGAUUGACAAUACUGUAACGAGAAGAAAUUAUUUUGAUUUUUUUUUGGUUUCUCAACAUGUGCGUCAGGGUACAGUUAAUCCUACUCAUUACAUUGUUUUAAAAAAUGGAUGUAAUUUAAGCGUUGAAAAUGUUCAAAGAUUAUCUUAUAAGUUGUGUCACUUGUAUUACAAUUGGUGUGGUACAGUAAAAGUUCCUGCUCCUGUUCAAUAUGCACAUAAAUUGGCAUAUCUUAUUGGACAAAAUGUUAGAAAAAUGCCAAGUGAUCGUUUAUGCAACUCUUUGUUUUUCCUUUAAGGCCCUUAUGUAUAACUUGUAUGACCAGGGAGGUCUUUUCAGUUUACUUUUAUAUGUAUAAUAUUAAAUGUUUUUGAUUUAAAAGACAAUUACUGAAGUGUUAAGACAAUUAUAAUUUUUUUUUUUUUUCAUUUAAAAAAUUUUCUGUGGUAAUUUUCACCUUUUUUUGUGAUUGUAAACAUAUAUUCAUAUGUUUAAAAAUAACUUGUAUUAAAUACUUUUGAUCCAAAUGUUAUGUACUUUAUUUAAGAAGUAAAUCUUUUUUUUUUUUAUUAAAACAAAA